AUGUUCUUUGCAAGAUAUCUCAUUAGUCUCAUAUUAUCUCUCCGGAAGAAAACAAGAUAUUGUCUCCAUAUUCUCUCGGAAAAGAAUUUUCUUCAAAGAUAUCUCAUUAAAAACAGAUUGUCUCGUAUUAUCUCUCCGGAAUUGUUCUCAAAGAUAUCUAUUAGCCUCUCUCAGAAUUGGUUAUCUCUCGGAAAUGUUCUUGCAAGAUAUCUCAUUAGUCUCUCCAUAGAAAACAGAAUUGUCUCAAGAUAUCUCAUUAGUCUCUCUCUCGUAUUAUCUCUCGGAAGAAUCUCAUUAGCCUCUCCAGAAAACAAUUGUCUCGUAUUAUCUCUUGGAAAGAUGUUCUUUGCAAGAUAUCUCAUUCUCUCCAUAGAAAACAGAAUUAUCUCGUAUUAUCUCUCGAAUGUUCUUGCAAGCUAUCUCAUUAUUCUCUCCAUAGAAAACAGAAUUUGUCUCGUAUUAUCUCUCGGAAGAAUGUUAGCCUUAGAAAACUUGCCUUCCAUCUCUCCAAGAUAUCUCAUUAGUCUCCAUAGAAAACAGAAUUGUCUCGUAAUAUAUCUCUCGGAAGAAUGUUUCUUGCAAGCUAUCUCGUUAGUCUCUCUCCAUAGAAAACAGAAUUGUCUCGUAGUCUCUCGGAAGAUGUUCUUGCAAAGAUAUCUCAUUAAAUGUUCUUGCAAAGAUAUCUCAUUAGUCUCUCCAGAUAAAAAGAAUUGUCUCGUAUUAUCUCUCGGAAGAAUGUUCUUGCAAGAUCUCAUUAGUCUCUCCAGAAAACAGAAUUGUCUCAUAUUAUCUCUCGGAAGAAUGUUCUUGCAAGAUAUCUCAUUAGUCUCUCUCCAGAAAACAGAAUUGUCUCUCGUAUUAUCUCUCGGAAGAAUGUUCUUGCAAAGAUAUCUCAUUAGUCUCUCCAUAGAAAACAUUGGUGAAUUGUUCCUGUAUUAUUCUCGGAAGAAUGUUCUUUGCAAGAUAUCUCAUUAUUCUCUCCAUAGAAAACAGAAUUGUCUCUGGGAAUAA